CCAAAAUUGUGUUUUUUUUUCUUUUCCCUUGCCCUUUCUCCACCUUGACCUGUGGUUGCCGCCGGCGCCGCGGCUGCCUGGGCACGAAGAAAAGUAGCUGCUCGCUUCGCGGAGGCUGGUGACCUACCUACUUGUCGCCGUCGUCGUCAUCUCCGAUGCAUUCCACCCCACUGCUAGUCCGAGGAGGUAGGAGUUAGGACUAGUAACAAAGGCCGUAUCUUUUGCCUUCCCUCUUCAGUCUUCCUCCUCCCCCUUCCUGUCGGUGGUUGGUUCCCAAAGGAGGCUACGGGUUCUUGGCUUGCUCCGUGUCGAUCUUUCACUGGAAGAGAAGCUUUUGUUGGGGCUAAUUCGUUGUUGGUUGUUGCGAGAGGCGUAGAGCAGUUGCGGCCUUCAAUUGUGCAGUGUCUCACUUGUGAACUCUGAAGCUCCACUAAUGUGAUGUCAAUCGCGUGCUGCUUGCCGGUUGUCGAGUGCGUGUACUGCCUGGCGUGCGCACGGUGGGCGUGCCAGCACUGCUUCCACACCGGAGGAUAUGACAGUGAGACCUGGGGCCUUGCUUCACCAAUUGAGUUUGAGCCGGUGCCGCGGCUAUGCCGGUUAAUUCUUGCGGUCUAUGAGGAGGACCUUGAGCACCCACAGUGGGCUCCCCCAGGUGGCUAUGGCAUUGAGCCACGGUGGGUGGUGCACCGGAGGACAUAUGAGCACACCCGCGGACAUGCCCCAACAUACUUGGUGUAUGUCGAUCACCAGCAUUCGGAUGUCGUGCUUGCUGUUCGUGGGAUGAACAUGGUGAAGGAGAGUGACUAUGCUGUGCUAUUGGACAAUUCGCUCGGCCAGAGGAGGUUUGACGGCGGCUAUGUGCAUAAUGGCUUGCUCAAGGCUGCUGAAUGGCUGUUUGAUGCUGAGUGUGAUGUGCUGAAGGAUCUUCUGGAGAGGAAUCCUAGUUACACACUCACCUUUGCAGGCCAUUCUCUUGGUUCUGGUGUUGUAGCGAUGCUUGCGCUGGUCGCCGUGCACAAUAGGGAUCGGCUGGGUGGUGUUGAGAGGAAGAGGAUACGAUGCUUUGCCAUGGCACCUGCCAGGUGCAUGUCACUCAAUUUGGCGGUCCGUUAUGCAGAUGUCAUUAACUCAGUUAUUCUCCAGGAUGAUUUUCUGCCUCGCACAGAUACUCCUUUGGAGGAUGUAUUCAAGUCACUUGUCUGCUUGCCAUGCCUUUUAUGUGGAAGGUGUCUUAUAGACACAUGUAUACCUGAUAGUGCGAUGUUGAGAGAUCCAAGGCGUCUCUAUGCACCAGGACGCCUUUACCAUAUUGUGGAAAGGAAGCCAUUCAGAUGUGGAAGAUAUCCCCCUAUUGUGAGAACAGCUGUUCCGGUGGAUGGGAGAUUUGAGCACAUUGUUCUCUCUUGCAACAUGAUUUCUGAUCAUGCUAUUAUCUGGAUAGAAAGAGAAGCCCAAAGGGGACUAGAUUUGAUGCUGGAGAAUGAGAGAACCAUGAAGGCACCUGAGCUUCAAAGGAUGGAUAGUGAAAUUGCGAUUACGAGGGAUCACGACGAGGAGCAGAAGGCAGCACUGAGGCGUGCGGUUGCUCUAGGAGUCGCGGAUGUUAACGUGCCAUCGACAUAUGGUACAUUCAAUGAAAAUCUGACUCCUGAGGCUGAUGAGGCUUCUCCAAUAUUGCCAGACAGUGGACGGCGAAGGAUGGUCUGGGACGAGUGGAUUGCAAGGAUAUUUGAAAAGGAUGAAUCUGGCAAAAUGAUUCCACGGACAUGAUUAAUGAUGUAGAACAUGACAUUAUGCUUUUAAAUUAGGAAAAAAAAGGUAUUCAGGCAAAUAUAAUCUGAGCCGAUAGUUAUUGGCGUUAGUUCAUCU